CUCCGCCACGAGUUUGAGUUUCUCAUAAACAGAGAAAAAAAAAAAAAUCAAAAACUGAGGAAGAAGCGGUGAUUAAUGGCUCAUUUAGCAGCUGCAGCGAUAAUUCAUCUUCCAAAGCCUCAUAUUCUAUUCCGAAAUCCCAGUAGAGUUUUAAUCCAUCGUGGGUCUUCUUCUUCUUCUUCUUCUCCUUCUCCUUCUCGGCUGGCCCAUAAAAAUAUAAAAUGCCAAACUGUAAGUAAGAAACGAAUUGAAUAUCAAGGGGUCUAUGGUCCCUGGACUGUCGAAUCCUCAGAUAUUCAAGAGGUUAUUUUAUACAGAUCAGGAUUGGUGAUUUCUGCUGCUUCUUUUGUUGUUGCAUCUUCAACUGCUUUCUUUCCCAAUAACGAAUUGAUUCAAAGAAAUCUUGAUUUGUUCUUUGGUGUUGGAGCUUGUGGGCUAGGCUUAUCUCUGUACUUAAUUCACAUAUAUGUAACAGAAAUUAAGCGGGCUCUUCAAGCUUUAUGGGUGUUAGGUGUGGUUGGAUCUUUGGCAACAUAUAUAACUCUUGCUCAACCACAGGGGAAGAGUCUAGUAGAGUAUGUUGUUGAGAAUCCAACGGCUGUCUGGUUUGUAGGUCCUCUCUUUGCUGCAUUGACUGGACUCGUAUUCAAGGAAGGCCUUUGCUAUGGGAAAUUGGAAGCGGGCAUCCUGACAUUCAUCAUUCCAUCAAUUCUGCUUGGUCAUCUGACUGGUCUGGUGGAUGAUGGAUCAAAAGUUGCUUUGUUGGGGGUGUGGAUGGCUCUCUUUCUAGUGUUUGCGGGAAGAAAAUUCACUCAGCCAAUUAAGGAUGACAUAGGAGACAAAUCAGUCUUCAUUUUUAACGCUUUGCCUGAAGAGGAGAAGAGGACACUUACUGAGAAACUUGAACGCCAAAACUAAACGAGCUGUAUACAAAUUUCUGCUUGAAAGCAGGAACUGCAUCGCGUUUGGGCACCAUUCGAGUAAAAAAUUCUGAGUCCCUUGUUGCUUUGAAUUUGUUAUUCAUGUGGAUGAACAGAAUGGUAUGUAAAGAAGCCAUAUCUUUUUUGCUAUCAGCAGCUAUUUUCUGUAAACUAAAGAUGGAACUCCUUUAAUAUUAAACACAGUAUUGCUGCUUUUGCUUAGA